AUGAGCGAUGGCAGCCCAGACCUGGACUCGGGGCUGGUCACUCCAGACAUGGACCUCACUCCUCAUGAUCACCAGCAUGGUGGGGCUCCAGCCAAUCUCGGCGCAGUGGCCCCGAAAGGACCUCCACCGCCGCCAGGAGCUUUUGUGGACCGAGACACACCACCAGCCGACGCUACCAUGGAACGAGCCUCCCAAGCUCAAAGGACUGAUGACCGUAGAGCUGCUGACGGACGAGCGACGACCGAAGCAGCCCCAGGGAGGGGCAUGGUGGCACCAAAGGCACGGGCCGAAGGAGAUGGAGCAGACCACUCCUCUACAUCCUCCAGCCCGGUGGCCAGCUCGGACAGCGACAGCCCAGGAAAUGUAUCCUACAGCUGGUCGGAAACCAGUUUGUUCCUGGAGGGACACUCCUUCGAUGAAGCAGUGGAAAGGCUGCAUACACUCUACAGACAAGAGCUGCAAACGCGUCGAGUGCCGGGCCGAUCGCAAGCUGGAUGUUUGGCUGGAUUGCGACGAAAGACCAACCGGUCGAAUUGGUACCAAGUGCAAGCAGAGGCCAGGCAAAGGCUUACAGGGCAGCGACUGGAGGAAUGGAGCCAGUUUGAGUAUGCCGCUACCCAUGAAAAGCGACGCGACACAAGCAGCCGCUACGACAUUCAGGCCGCGACACCGCGUAUGAUCCAGGCCUUUCCCGGUCCCAAGUCCGGGACUAGAGGUGGACCUGUGGCUGUCAUGACAGCUGCGGGGAAGCAACGUGGUACAGCGCGCACCACGGCGUCAGCGAGCUCGGCAUCGAGCUCAUGCUUCAGCCGAGCAGGGAACAUGGUACCGCGGCAGGUCCAAGAAGCCCAGAGGCAAGCCGUCAGCGUGUCCGCCAAGGCACUUGCAUAUCCUGUCUUGGAACACCAGUGGUCUAGGAACUCGACAGACGGAUACGGCAAAUCCGCUGGACUGCUAUUUCUGCUCCGUCGGAGAGUCAUCUGGCAAACACUGGAAAACACUGUACAAGCAGUGCCAGCCAGACACAGCCUGGUAGUCUGCGGAGAUUUCAACUCCACCCUGGGUCAUGAGAACCCCAUUGCAGGGCCUGCAACCACCACCUGUGCAGAUCAUCAUGACACCGACCUUAGAGCAUUGAUGCGCCGACAGUCCCUCACGGCCUUGAACACCUGGCAUUGCAAGAACCACCAUACUUAUUAUGCAACAGGGAGCACCUCCCAGAUCGAUUUCGUGAUGACUCGGCAACGAACUGCCAAACAUCGAGCCAAGUAUGCCGCUCCCCUGCACUCCUUUCCAAUCGGAGCCACGCGACUCAAUGGACAUUUUCCUCUUCAUGCUCAGCUACCAAUGCACACAUUUCACCAACAGCCACCAUCCUCGCAUGCCCAACUCGUUCACAACUCCUCUGCCCUUCAGCAAGCCGUGCGAAGCCACUCUCCUGUGGCCCAGGAGCUGCAGCAAGCUGUGGCAGCCCGUCUGCCAGAGGUGGACACGACUCACCUCCUCAGUGCCCAUGACCAUGUGAAUCGCAUUCUGUUGGAGGAGACACGUCGCCUCUUCCCGCCCUCUGCAGCCCCAGACAACCGUGUCAGUGCUCAGCCAGGCUAUCGUGUUUUCGCCAAGCAUGUCUGGAGCCUGUAUAGCCGCCUGAAACAUCCAGGCGUCUGCACCUUCCGCAAUAUCUUUGCAAAGUGGUUGAACUUGCCGAAGAAGCCGCUGCACGCGGAGACCAGCGAAGUCUGCCAAGAUGGAGCUCUGCUAUCCAGAGAUGCCGAACUACAGGCCAUUGUGCAGCACAGCAACCAAACUUUUGCUGUGCACUCGGAUGACACCCCGCUCAUUCCCCUCAAUACUGAUUAUGGCAUCUCGGAUGAAGCAUUGGCAGCUGAACUCAGCAAGUUAGGCCUGGCCAAAGCUGUGCCCAAGCACAUUGCCCCGUGCGCAGCCUGGAAGCUGUGUGCUACCAACAUAGGCGCUAUCUUGGGCUCUGCCCUCCGAGGCCAUCUCAAGCAAGGCACAACUGCCCGCUUGGAUGCCGACUGGAAGGACUCCUAUGUCGUCUGGAUACCCAAGCCCAACAAGCCGCCGGUUAAUGUGGCCUCCUUACGACCCAUAGGCCUAACCAGUCCUGCGAGUAAAGCCCUUGCCGGUAGCCUGAGAGCCUCCCUCCUGAGCCAUCUUGAGCCCGAGCUCAAGGUCCUACCUCAAUUCGCCUACUCCAAGCACCGGGGCACAGCUGAUGCCAUAGCCAAGGCCCAUUGCCACUUUCAUCAGGUGGAUCUCCUCCUUCAGCAAACCAAGGCCGACCGCUUCCAGCAGCAAGCUGGCCACCGCAACCGUCAACGCGCAGGAGGCUUGUGCAUUUCUUUGGAUCUCUCUCGUGCAUUCGAUGGUGUGACCCGAUCACACAUUUAUCACGAGAUGCAGAGACAGCAGGUCCCCCAGGAUCUCAUCACCCUGGUGCAGCAAUUGCACAAAGACGCCCAGUACAAGUUUCAGGUUGGGGACAUUCGAGGUUCAACUGUCAGUACGAAUGGCAUCAAACAAGGAUGUGUUAUAGCUCCCUACUUGUGGAAUUACUUCACCAUUACCUUUCUUUCCCUUCUCAGGCAACAACGGAGCUUAGAGUGGAUUCAACGCGUUUUGUCGCUCUUCGCUGAUGAUGUAUGGGGAGCAUGGCUCAUAACCUGUAAAUCUGACCUCACAUCUGCCAUUGAAGACGUUGCCUUGAUACUGGCCACCCUGGAAAACCUGCACAUGACCGUCAACUACAGCAAGACGGCCAUCCUGCUUAAACUUACGGGCAAGGAUGCCAGCAAGCUCCGUCGGGACCACACCUUCAUGAAGGCGCUGGCAUUUCUUGAUCAACAAGCUGCCCGCAUGGAAGCUGUUCUGAUGAAGGAGGCGGGCAUGCCGGCUUGCCGACUUUGCGGCCGUCAAUUCUUCAGGAUGUUCAUAGACCGGGACCAUCUUCUGAACGAGGAGGCGGAAAUCUUCGCAGGUUACUGGGACAACCAGCCGGACGAGUACUACCUGUCCGAGACAGCACCACGCUCUCAAAAGAGACACCGCCCAGAGCAGACACCUCGCUGGAACCUCCCGCCACGCAGGACAUCGACUCAUCCGAGCUUUACGGCACACGGACCCCUUCGCGACCCUCGAGCACCGCCUCACUACCACCAACAGGACCAGCUCAACCUCCUCAGCAAGGUGGUCUUGAAACAGGAGGAGAUAAUCAGCCGGUUGCGCCACGACAAGAUCUUCGUAUUGUUCAUGCGCAACGAAACCAAUGGCACGCUCGGGACCCUCAUGAAGAUCGCGAAGGACUGGCGCAGCAAGAAGAACAUGGAGGAGGCUCAAUUGCAAUCUCCUCUCAAAACAGUCCUGCUCGCCAGCAUGCUUCGCGAGGUGAUGAAUCUUGCACAGCAAGCCGUGGCCACGGAGGAGGCCAAGGCCAAACAUGUUCAAUCCGAAUGGCUGACAAGCCAGGGUGCGUGGAACUAUCGCAUCUGGAACCACACCGACAAGAAACUCCAGGUCGAUCCCAGCCGCACGGCCCUGCAACACGAAGAAGCCAUCAGAUUGCUAACCUUCCUCCUCCAGAACCUGAAAGGCGAGGCCAUACAACGGUUCGCGGCGACAAAGCAGCUGGGAAUCCUGGAACAACAAGGAGCCCAGGUGGCCACUUUUCACAUCGAGGUCUCGCUUCGUGGACGAGUAGCCCUCGAACUCUACGAGACUCUGGAGAAGUUGGCCGGUUGCUCCCUGCUGAACCUCAUCGGAGUUUCCAUGAAGAAGGACACCCUUCCGUGCACCCCGAUGGCAAGGAAACUGGGAGAUAUGGUAUACCGCCGCCAAGGCGAUGAUGAUGCGGCCGUACCUUCAAUACUCACAGGCAUCCGACUGCAAGGCGGCAGCAACAGCCGCUGGGAAUCCAAAGGCUUUUCUGCAGAAGGCUUGGCUAUCCAGCCACAGGCGAUCAACCGUAUGGACUUCAGAAUCCGACAGAUCGAGCAGCAGAUGCAUCAGGCACA